AUGACAGCAAAAAAAAUUGCAGUGAUUGGCGCCGGGGUCAGCGGAUUAGGGGCCAUUAAGAGCUGCCUGGAGGAGGGACUGGAGCCCACAUGUUUUGAAAAAGGCAGCGACAUUGGAGGACUGUGGAGAUACGAGGAGACCCCCGACACUGGACGAGCUGGGAUAUACAAAUCCUUGACCUGCAACACCUCCAAGGAGAUGACAGCCUUCAGCGACUACCCCGUCCCUGACCAUUUUCCCAACUACAUGCACAAUUCCAAAAUGAUGGAGUACCUCAGGAUGUACGCCAGGCACUUUGGUCUCAUGCAACACAUCGAGUUCCUGGCGAAGGUGUGCAGUGUGAGGAAGCGCCCCGAUUUUUCAUCCUCUGGCCAGUGGGAUGUUGUGGUAGAAGCUGAUGGGAAGCAGCAAUCCUACAUCUUCGACGGGGUCAUGAUCUGCAGCGGCCAUUACACUGAGAAGCAUUUGCCCUUACAGGAGUUUGCAGGCAUCCAGAAGUUCCGGGGCAGGUACCUGCACAGCUGGGAGUACAAGCAGCCAGACUCUUUUGCCGGGAAGAGAGUGGUUGUGAUUGGCAUCGGGAACUCUGGAGCAGAUGUGGCUGGCGAGAUCAGUCGUGUUGCUGAGCAGGUUUUCCUCAGCACGAGACGAGGCGCGUGGAUUUGGAACCGGGUGUGGGAUGACGGCAACCCCAUGGACACCGCCCUCUUCACCCGGUACAAUAGGGCACUCCAAAAACUACUGCCCUCGUUCCUCAUCAACAGGUGGGCAGAGAAGAAACUGAACGCAAGGUUCAACCACGCCAACUACGGGCUGCAGGCUGCACACAGAUUUCUCAGCCAUCAGUCUACCUUCAGUGACGACCUGCCAAAUCGCAUAAUCACUGGAAAAGUGCGGAUGAAACCAAACGUGAAGGAGUUCACCGAGACGUCCGCCAUCUUUGAGGAUGGCACUGAAGAGAAGGUUGACACUGUCCUCUUUGCCACAGGAUACACCUUCUCUUUCCCUUUCUUGGAGGAUGACUUAGCAAUCCUGGACAGCCAGCAUUCCAUGUAUAAGUUUGUCUUCCCUCCUCAGCUGGAGAAGCCAACACUGGCUUUCAUCGGCCUCCUGCAGCCCGUGGGGGCCCUCAUCCCCACAGCAGAACUCCAGAGCCGAUGGGCUGUGCGCGUGUUCCAAGGACUGAAAAAAUUGCCCUCAGAGACUGACAUGCUGGCUGAGAUCAACAGAAGGAAAACGAGAAUGGCCAAAGAGUUUGUGGACAGCCCCAGAGAUGCAUCUCGAGUGUACUACAUCGACUACAUGGAUGAGAUUGCUUCUGAGCUAGGCGUCAAACCCAACCUGCUCUCCCUCUUCCUCUGGGAUGCCAAGCUAGCCAGGGAGGUUUUCUAUGGGCCCUGCACCCCAUACCAGUACCGCCUACAGGGGCCCGGCAAGUGGACCGGAGCCCGGGCAGCCAUCCUCACCCAGAGAGCCCGGAUCCUCAAGCCCCUGAGAACACGUGUGCUCCAGCACUCUGGCUCCCGUCCCUCUGGGUGGCUUUGGGUCCGAAGUGUCUGUGCUGUCAUCUUUCUCUCUGCUUCCAUGGUCAUCAUCUUGCAGAUGAUCGGUCAUUAA